UCGGCGCAAGCCCACACCUGGGAGGCUGUGAAGCGAGAGAGAGAGAGAGAGAGAGAGAGAGAGAGAGAGCGACGAGAGAGAGAAAGAGGGGAAGCGAAAAGUUCGAGGAGGAUCGGCGAUAUCGGUCGAUGGAUGCUCUGGAGCGCCAAUGCAUCACGGGCUUUCUCGUCGACGGCAGGUUCGCACCUCAUCUCGCUUCUCCACCGUCGAGGAGCAGGAGCAGCAUUUGGAUUCCCUUUCGCACGCAAAAGCUCGGCGGCGGCUUCUCUGCGACCCUUCGGAGACCGUCCGUGAUCCUUCAAGGCGUUUCUUCCUCGACUUUUCCUUCCGAUGCAAGAUCUUCUGAGAUUUUUCAGAGGAUUCCAAUUAGCCAUAUAACAGCAGGACAAGUUGACGCCCUUUGUGAUUCCAUGGUGGAAACAGACAAGAUAACUCCUGAUUCUCCUAUAGAGACGACAGAUUCCUCCAAAACCGUCCACGUAAGGUUUGUUCUGCAGAAGGAAUGCUCUUUCGGCCAGCAAAUUUUCAUUGUUGGCGAUCACCCUAUGUUUGGCCUAUGGGAUCCCACAAACGCUGUUCCUUUGGAAUGGUCUACUGGCCAUGUAUGGACAACUGAGCUGAACUUGCCUGCUGGGAAGAUGAUUCCGUUCAAAUUUAUACUCAGAGGUCUGGCAGGCGAUAUCAGUUGGCAGCCUGGUCCUAACAGAUGCUUUCAAACAUGGGAAACCACCAAGACCAUUAUUGUUUCUGAAGACUGGGGCAAUGCAGAGAACCAAAAGAUUACCGAGGAACUGCAAGCACUCAGCAUGGUCGACGAACCACUGGACCAGGCUCCCGCUCUUGAGGCUCAGGAUGAUGUUAGCCAGACUUUAGUUACUGAAAGUGAUGGAGAUCUUCUAUUAGUCCCUGGCUUGGAGCCAAUUCCUGCAUCUGGGAGUGCUUCAGCUUCCUCACAGGAAACAAUGGAAGCAAAUGUUCUUGAUGCUGAUAAAGCUGAGCACAGCAACUUGGCCCAGGUUACUGAGGAACAGCAAGCGCUGAUCGACAAACCGCUGUCAGUUGAGGUCAAUUUCGGUGGUAACAACCGAGUGGUAAUGGACCAAGCUCCAUCUAUUGAGGCUCAGGAAAAUGUUAGCCAGACUUUAGCCACUGAAGGUGAUGGAGAUCUUCUUUUAGUCCCUGGCUCGGCACCAAUUCCUGAAUCUGGGAAUGCUUCAGGUUCCUCACAGGAAACAAUUGAGGCAAAUGUUCCUGAUGCUUCUUUCGAAUCAGAUGAAGCUGAGCACUGCAACUCAGCCCAGUCCUCCGGAGAGGGAGAUAAAUCGGAGGGGUCAUAUAGAGAUCAAAUUCAAGAAGAGGCAAAUGAUGUUGAAACUGAACAAGUAGAGAAUAUUGAUGGGGUGAUGAAUGGAGACAAAAAUCUUCCUAAAGAAGCUGACUAUGAUAAUGGCAUACGAUGGGGUCGUAGAGCCAUAAAACAGUUUCUCAUGGUCCUGGGAAUCAUUUUACCCUAAAAGAAAUUUCAUGAUAAUCAUGUGUAGUUUCUUGCGUCAUGUUUUUGUUCGUGGUAGUGUGUGGUUAAGGAUAUGACUUUUAGCAUUAUAGCAGCUAUUAUUAUUGCAAACUAGAAGCAGCGAAAGUUUUCACGGAGACAACUGUUGUUGGUGCACGUGAGAAUAGCGUAUUGUUGUGUUUUCUUCACUAAAUUGUAAACGAACAUUGUAAGAUGCAGGACAGUAUCUAUCCAUUUCCAAUGUUGUAAGCCCUUACUAUUA